AUGUUGCUGGUGCUGGCGACCAUGAUUACGUCCGUUUUAGGAAAUGUGAUUCACACCAACCAUUACGGAUCGUUGCAAGACAGUCAGUAUGAUCGACCAGGCGAGAUUGAGCCUGCCAUCAAAUCGAUGGUCUCGCGUAUGACACUCCCUGAAAAGAUUGGCCAAAUGACCCAAAUCAAUCAAGACUUGGUACUUUUGCCGGAUGGAACGUUGAACCGUACCGCAGUCGAGUACUAUGCGAACAAUUAUUUCGUGGGAUCGUACCUGAAUCAGCUCUCUCGUCUGGAUCACAUUCACGGUGCGCACUUUGUGGCCAAUGCUACAAUUUUUCCGCAUGGGAUCAACUUGGCCGCUUCAUUUAAUCCGCAACUAGCUUAUGAUGCCGCGGCCAUCACCGCCCGCGAUACGCGAUCUGCUGGUGUCCAUUGGACCUUUGCGCCAGUUCUGGAUAUUCCGGUAAACAAACAGUGGCCGAGAGUGUAUGAAAAUUUUGGCGAAGAUCCGCACUUGUCGGGUGUCAUGGGCGUCGCCGCUAUCCGUGGUUACCAAGGCCAGUACAAGUCUGACCGAUCCAAAGUAGCGGCAUGCAUGAAACAUUUCAUUGCCUAUGGAGCUCCAUGGAGUGGGCAAGAUCGCGAUUCCACGGUGGUCUCGGAUCGCACGAUUAAUGACUAUUUUGUACCUCCGUUCCAGAUGGCAAUUGAUGCCGGGGUUGCCACGGCCAUGGAGAGUUACAUUGACAUUAAUGGCGAGCCCGUGGUAGCUUCGGAAAAGUAUCUGCGUCAGUUACUGCGAGAACAGAUGGGGUUCAAAGGCAUGCUGGUCACGGACUGGGCCGAAAUUGAAAAUCUGUACACCACGCAUCGCGUCGCUGCAAGUCAUAAAGAUGCAGUUCACAUGUCGAUCAAAAGCACCAGUAUCGAUAUGUCCAUGGUGCCCAAGGAUGUCAUCUUUUUCGAAACCUUGCAGGACCUUGUGAAUGACGGUCAGAUCCCCAUGGAACGCAUCGACGAGUCUGUCGAAAGGUUGCUGCAACUGAAAAAGGAUCUUGGCCUGCUGGAACGGGAUGGAUGGAAAGCAAGAAGGGAGCUGCAAAGCAUGGUGGGCCAACCGAGUGAUGCUCGCGUCUCAUUGGAUGCUGCCAGAGAAUCGUUGACCUUGCUCAAGAAUGCGAAUGCCACAUUGCCGUUGCAAGAUAGAUACGAGCGAAUUCUUGUCGUAGGACCUAGUGCCAACGAUUUAGGCCACCUCAGUGGAGGAUGGACCAUCAACUGGCAAGGGGCCACCAAAGAUGCAUGGCAAGGGCCCAUUGAUGAUGAGCAAUUUUAUUCCAACGGCAUAUCGAUUCACGAUGGAAUGAAACUUGUCGCACCCGCCAAUGUCGACGUCGAUUAUAUGGCCGGUUUUGACAUUGAUGGCACCUCCAUCGAUAUGGAUCAAGUGCUUGCCGUUGCCUCUUCCUACGAUGCCAUUGUGGUGUGCUUGGGAGAACAUGUGUAUUCCGAACUGCCUGGCAACAUUCAUGACAUGGCUUUGCCAAGCGGUCAGGUGAACGCAGUGGAGAUGAUUGCCAAAGUGGGCAAACCUAUGAUCACCGUGCUCAUUGAAGGCCGUCCACGUGUGUUGGGAUCGAUUCCUGAACAAUCCAAUGCUCUGCUUCAAGCGUAUUUGCCUGGCCCUUGGGGUGGCCUUGCCAUUGCUGAAGCGCUCUUUGGUAAACUCAAUCCUUCCGGCCUGUUGCCAUACACUUACCCGAAAUAUGUGGGCGAUGUGAACCUCAAUUACUGGCGACAAGUGAACGACGUCUGGGAUCCUCUUUACGAGUUUGGUCACGGAUUAAGCUAUUCCACGUUUGAAUACAGCAAUCUCACGCUGUACGAUGGUGCAUCCGUGCUUCAAGAGAACCGUCAGCUCGCCGAUUCGCCGCCGGUGCUGAAGCCUGGUGAGCCUGUCAAAGUGGCGGUCAAGGUCACCAACAAGGGCCCUUUUGACGGCAAGCAAACCGUACUGAUGUACGUGCAACAACCGGUGCGACGCAUCACCCCACCCGUCAAAGUAUUGAAGGCGUUCCAAAAGAUCGAUUUGGAGAAAGGAAAAUCGGCCACGGUGGUCUUUACCGUCGACGCAGACAUGUUCAGAUAUACAGGCAUGGAUGGAGUGGCCAGAGGCACGUUGGAUCAUGGUCCCGUCCGCAUUCUUAUUAACGAGCAUGUCAUGGAGUUUAAUUUACAACCCUAA